UUAAUCAUUCAUUUUGUUACAGGAGAUGGUAAAAUGGAACAAAAACCUGGUGAGAAGAAGAGGGGAGUGAAAAGACCACGUGAGGACCAUGGCCGAGGAUAUUUUGAAUACAUUGAGGAAAAUAAGUAUAGCAGGGCCAAGUCCCCUCAACCACCUGUUGAAGAAGAAGAUGAACAUUUUGAUGACACAGUGGUUUGUCUUGAUACUUAUAACUGUGACCUGCAUUUUAAAAUCUCAAGAGACCGGUUUAGUGCUUCCUCUCUGACCAUGGAAAGCUUUGCUUUCCUUUGGGCUGGAGGGAGAGCUUCCUAUGGAGUUUCUAAAGGCAAAGUCUGCUUUGAGAUGAAGGUUACAGAAAAGAUUCCUGUUAAACACCUGUAUACAAAAGAUAUUGACAUACAUGAAGUGCGAGUUGGCUGGUCACUGAACACAAGCGGAAUGUUGCUUGGUGAAGAAGAAUUUUCUUAUGGGUAUUCUCUAAAAGGAAUAAAGACUUGCAAUUGUGAGACUGAAGACUUUGGUGAGAAGUUUGAUGAAAAUGAUGUGAUUGGAUGUUUUGCUAAUUUUGAUGGUGAUGAAGUGGAACUCUCAUAUUCCAAGAAUGGACAAGAGCUUGGUGUUGCAUUCAAAAUAAGCAAGGAAGUUCUUGAUGGACGACCACUCUUUCCACAUGUUCUCUGCCAUAACUGUGCAGUUGAGUUUAACUUUGGUCAGAAGGAGGAACCUUACUUUCCUGUUCCUGAAGAGUAUACCUUCAUCCAGAAGGUCCCCCUGGAGGAUAGGGUCCGAGGACCAAAGGGACCUGAGCAAAAGAAAGAUUGUGAGGUGGUGAUGAUGAUUGGUUUGCCUGGGGCUGGCAAGACUACGUGGGUUACCAAACAUGCAGCAGCAAAUCCCGGGAAGUACAACAUUCUUGGGACAAAUACUAUUAUGGACAAAAUGAUGGUUGCAGGUUUUAAGCGUCAGAUGGCAGACACUGGGAAACUUAACACACUGUUGCAGAGAGCUCCACAGUGUCUUGGGAAGUUCAUUGAGAUUGCAGCCCGUAAGAAGCGGAAUUUCAUUUUGGAUCAGACAAAUGUGUCUGCAGCUGCGCAGAGGAGAAAAAUGUGCCUGUUUGCAGGCUUCCAGCGCAAAGCAGUUGUUGUUUGCCCAAAAGAUGAAGACUACAAGCAAAGAACACAAAAGAAGGCAGAGGUGGAGGGAAAAGAUCUUCCAGAGCAUGCAGUUCUCAAAAUGAAAGGGAACUUCACACUGCCAGAGGUAGCAGAAUGUUUUGAUGAAAUAAUCUAUGUAGAGUUGCAAAAAGAAGAAGCUCAGAAGCUUUUGGAACAGUAUAAAGAAGAAAGUAAGAAAGCUCUUCCGCCAGAAAAGAAACAGAACACUGGCUCAAAGAAGAACAAGAAGAGCAAUAAAAAUCAAUUUAAUAGGGGUCAGAGAGGACGUGGAGGAUUCAACAUGCGGGGCAACUUCAGAGGAGGAGUCCCUGGCAAUCGUGGUGGAUACAACAGAAGGGGAGGCAACAUGCCUCAGCGAGGUGGUGGAGGUGGCGGUGGUGGCGGUGGCAGCAGCGGUGCGAUUGGUUACCCAUAUCCUCGCGGCCCUGUCUUUCCAAGCAGAGGUGGCUACUCAAACAGAGGAAACUAUAACAGAGGUGGAAUGCCCAACAGGGGGAACUACAACCAGAACUUCAGAGGAAGGGGAAAUAAUCGUGGCUACAAAAACCAAUCUCAGGGCUACAACCAGUGGCAGCAGGGUCAAUUCUGGGGUCAGAAGCCAUGGAGUCAGCAUUAUCACCAAGGAUAUUAUUGAAUACCCAAAUAAAUGAACUGAUACAUAUUUCUCCAAAACCUUCACAAGAAGUCGACUGUUUUCUUUAGUAGGCUAACUUUUUAAACAUUCCACAAGAGGAAGUGCCUGCGGGUUCCUUUUUUAGAAGCUUUGUGGGUUGAUUUUUUUCUUUUCUUUUUUUGUACAUUUUUAAUUGCAGUUUUAAAGUGAUUCGUAAGAGAACCUCAGCAUUGUGCACGAUAAGAGAAUGUGUCAGUAUUUCAGGGUUCUGCAUUUUAUCUGUAAAAUGUGACUUUUUUUUUACCACAACAAAAGUAAAACGUUGCUUUGUACCUGGUGUCUUUUUAUUAAAGAAUUUUCUCCUUUUUCCCCAUCCCCCAAUUUCUAAGAAACAGUCGUGAGUCAUGUCACAAUACAAUAGCAGUGUUAGCAACCAGAUUCGUACAGAGGCUUCUCAGUAGCCCUCAAAUACCAUGAGAUUAUGUAAAGCUCCAUAUUACACUCCAUCUUCUCUAUGAAGCUUUUGGGUUGGGAGGGGAGGAGGGGGAGGUAAAAGUUUCUGGCAAUAACUAGGACUUUUUUGUAACACUUGGAACUCUUCAGGAUGUUGGGGGCAAAGCAGAAACCUGGGGCUAAAUAGUGAAGGUGGAGUGUAUGUAGAAGCUCUUAAAGUUGUAAAACUCGGUUGCUUUAUUUGUGGAGGCUCAAACUUGUGAAGGUACAACACCAUAAUUUCUUUUCCAUUUGUUCUGCAUUUUGAUUCUGAAAAGAAGCUGGCUUUGCCCAUUUCUUAUUAAACAAAACUUGUUGUAAAUCCAGUUGUCUAAUGGGAUCUAUAUGAAGUUAGCUGUGUGUCUGUAUAACUUUCCCCACAAAAUACUGUAUACCUAGUGUGCUUGUAGUAGUUACUCCACCAUUUUGUAAGCUAAUGAAACUGUGAGUCACCCAUUUUAUAUCUUAAUUUUUAAUCAUGUCAAUUUUCAAAUGGGUGUAUCUCCUUAGCCUGCUGAUUCCUUUUCUCUUUAAAGAAGGUGGGUGGAGAAGUUUAACUCUAGACGUUUGUUUGCAAUAAAAUAAAUUCAUUUUACUCUUGUUUGGGAUUGUCACCAUCAAGGUCUAAAAUCCCUUUAAGGCUAUAAAGAGGAAGAGAAUGUAUGAAAGUGACGAUGUUGGACAGUUUUAAAACUCAUUGCUGUGUACAUGCUCAAAUACUUGUGUUUCUUUAAAAUCUAAACUGGUAGUCGCUCUGUUAGAGAUCUAUCACAUGUAUAAUUUCACAGUUUAACAUGGUUAUAUGUAUAGGGCAAAAGUCUUUGAGUUGGCUUGCAUCAUGUAAAUCCACUUAACCUCUUUAUUGUAAAAUAGACAUUAGGGAAGGGACUGGACAGGGAGUAGGAUGGGAAAGAGGCUUGUCAUGAAGUUUAACAGAGAGCUUCAAUUUGUUUUAAUUGCUAUUAUGUUCAGCUUUACGCUUCUGUAAAAUUGUAGUGGCAAUGUUAGCUGCUGACUUGUGUUUUAAUGCCAUGAGACAGGGGAGAGAUGUCACCUUUGUCAGUGGGACUCAGCAUACACGUGUGAGAACACGUGUCACUGCCGGCACUGGGGCGUUGGGCUGUGCUGGCCGAGUCCUCGUGGCAGCGUACAGCCUAGCAGAGGCUCCCUGGCAGCAGCCUAGAGCUGGAGUCUGUGUAGCGUGCUGCAAACUUCUCUCAAAUGUUAGUCAAUUUCUAGUAGUCUUCAGAAGUAAAGAUAAAGUUGUGUUGCUCUUCUAGCCUUUAUAGCAGAUGCAUAUUGACAUUAAACAUUAACAGCACCA